CGCUGCCUCCCGCUCAACAUACCAUGCAUGCCCGGUGCCAAUUGCUCACCGGACGAGCACCGGCCCCAGGAGCCGUCGUCCGCUGUGCUCAGUUUGCGCAGCGGACGUAUGCGACCACUACACCCCCGCCAAUAGUAAAGAACCCUCUGAAGCGACGACGCGGCGGUGAUCUCGGCUCCCACCUUCCCAAAAAUGUCAUUCCAAAAGAUGCAUUCAUUCCGGCAUACCCAUACGGCGACCGCCAGCUGUUCAAGCAAUCAAACAAGGGCCUCUAUGGCGAGCAGAUGAUACGGUUCGGCAACAAUGUCUCCAAGGACACCGAGACCAAGACCCGGCGGAAUUGGAAGCCGAAUGUUCUUUCUAAGAGUCUGUACUCGGUGGCCUUGAAGAAGAGGAUAAAGCUGCGCGUUACAGCCAAGGUGCUCAAGGUCAUGGAUCGUGAAGGUGGUCUGGACGAGUACCUGCUCAAGGACAGCGUGGCACGCAUCAAAGAACUUGGACCUAUGGGAUGGGCACUGCGAUGGACUUUGAUGCAGAGGCCUGAGAUUAUUGAGCGACUGCGAGCCGAUGCUGCUGCUCUGGGGAUAGACCAGGCUACCAUUGACAAACAAUGGCCGACUCCUCAGAUGAUGUCUGAGCGCAAGGCAGCCGAGGGCGCACUUGCACAGGAAAUGCACGCCGAGGGGCUUGAAAACGCAGAGUUUGCUGAAAGCGAGGGGCAACAGAUGUGGGCGCCAGACGAAGCUGACACGCCCAAGAGCAUCGCUGAUGAGGCGGCACCCUCUAAAAGUGAGAAGAGAACAGCGGUCAAGGCUGCCCAGGAAUACAUCAAAGCCGUCCAUGCUGCAGAACGUUAUUUCAAGCGAGGUGUCGUGGACAGCGUGGAGGAGGGCCUGAAACUGGCCUUUGUUCGGGCCACCGAGCGCGCACAGGCGGCCGUUCUCCUCAGGCAAAAGCUCGACAAGAGAUACCAAGAAGCAGGCAUCACUGUCCAGGAGCUUCAGGAAGUCCGAAAUCGCUUCAACCUGCCCAACAUCAAGGACCAUACUACGAGAAGAAUCGCUUACAACCAGCGAAAGCGAAAGGAGAUUGACGAGGCUGGCGGCCUAGAAGCUUGGAAAGCAGCCACUCAGGGCGAAAAGAGCGCUGCAUUUGCUGCUCGAAUCGAAGAAGCCGGGGGCAGAGAAGCUUUCAACGACGCCAAGAAGGCAGAGUAUGCCAGCCUCAUUGCAGAAGCAGAGACAGCCUCGACCAACGAGGCUCUCGACGCUGAACGGCGGUCAUUCCUCGAGACUGCCAUUCAAAAGGCAGACAAGGCCAUCAAGGCCAGGGCCGCUGGGGGCAAAGACGACUACGUCGAGUCGGUGUUGGAGGACUUUCGCAAGCAAAUCACGACUGAGGCCAGUUUGAGUGAAAUCUACCAGGGCUCAAGGCACGAGAAGAAGGCUACGGGUGAUGCGUGGGCGGCGCUCGUUCAUUCAAGCAACAUGCCUACGGAAAGUCAGCCUCGCGCCUAAGCAGGCUACAUGGUUGUAAUUUGGUUACCUUGUACAAAUACCGUAUGUAUACCAAGUAACUUUGC